AUGGACUUACUUGCCUGGCUGAGACAGGAGGCCCAGCUGAAGAAGAUGGCCCUGGUUAUUGUGUUCAUCGCCUUGUUCCUGGAUCACAUGCUGCUGUCAGUGAUAGUGCCAAUCCUUCCAAGUUACCUGUACAGGACUUCCCAGGCUACCUCUACCACUUCUGGGAACAACACUGAAACAAUGGUCGGUCCUCCUCUCAUCCACUCACUCAGUAACCAAUCAGGAAUUCUGGGCUCCACGUUUGCACCUCCAAACCAGAAUCCAGCUUUCCCCAUUGAUCCCACCGUGGCCAAAACAUCUCCUGAUUGCUCUGGAGCUGGUGCUCAGCUGGACGAAGUAAACAUCAAAGUAGGACUGUUGUUGGCCUCAAAAUCCACCAUACAGAUUAUCAUUAACCCCUUCAUUGGGCCACUUACUGACAGGAUUGGAUACCACAUCCCAAUGUGUGCUGGUUUCUGCAUAAUCAUCAUGGCGACCACCUUGUUUGCCUUUUCAUCGAGCUACGUGUUACUGCUGCUUGCCAGAUCAGUGCAAGGUGUAGGUGGAUCCUGCUUGUCUGUGGCAGGAAUGGGUAUUCUCGCUGAUCUGUACAAAGACGGUGAGGAGAGAGGCCGUGCGAUGGGCAUAUCCUUCACUGGUUUGGCCUUAGGAUUGAUAGCGGGUGCUCCAUUUGGCAGCGUGAUGUAUGAGUUUGUGGGGAAGAUGGCUCCAUUCCUGGUCCUAGCUGUCAUCGCCGUGUUGGGCGGAGGUUUACAUUUCCUCAUCUUUCAACCAUCGCGGAUAAAAUCAGAGAUGGAAAAAGGGACUCCACUGCUGACUCUCCUGAAGGAUCCAUACAUACUCAUUGCUGCUGGAGCCAUAUGUUUUACAACUCUGGUUGUUGCCACAAUAGAGACAGCCCUUCCUAUCUGGAUGAUGAAGACCAUGUGUGCUAGCAAAUGGCAGCUAGGCGUUGUCUUCUUGUCAGACAGCAUAUCCUACCUCAUCGCAUCCAACAUCUUUGGUCACCUGUCACAAAAACACAAUGGAAGUUGGCUAUGUGCAUGUAUUGGAAUGAUCCUGGCCGGAAUAACCACCAUUUCUUUUGGAUUCUCAAAGAACAUCUAUCAUGUGAUUGUUCUGAACGCAUUUGUUGGCCUCUCAGUUGGCAUAGUGGACUCCUCAAUAAUGCCUCUCAUGGGUUUUUUGGUAGACCUGCGGUAUGUGCCAGUAUACGGUACAAUUUAUGCUAUUGCUGAUGUUGCAAUCUGCAUUGGAUUCUGUGUAGGUCCAGCUAUUGCAGGUCCAAUAGUUGCAUCCAUUGGCUUUCCCUGGCUCAUGGCCAUAAUUGGAACAGUAAAUAUAAUCUUCGCUCCACUCUGUAUCUUCCUUUUUCGUCUAUCUCGGCAGGACGAACAUUUGAGUUUCCGUGGCAAUGACUGUGAUCGUACCAACAAUGACAAUCUCUAUCGCAAGUUUUACCCCUGGAUGAUUUGUACCUACUGA